CUGUGCCUGCCGAGCUAAUUGAGAACAAUGACAACUACGCGUUUUAUGGCAUCUACGACUACGGCUUCCAUUUCCAUAACGUCGAGUUUACCGGUUUGCGCUUCUCCAUCUAAACAUCAAAUCUAGAAAUUCAGCAACUGCAGCAAUUUUACAAUUGCUGUGACGAUGCUGUCCGUAACUAGUCGCAACUUCCUGUGAACCAUCCUCACAUUUCCAUCGUUGCCGCUGCCGCUGCCGCUGCCGCGAUGGAUGUGCCUAAUCAGGGAGAUAUGGCUUGGACUUCAGUGCCUACGCACCUACUACUAGCCGAACUUCAGAAACGACAUGGCGCCGGCAAUUCCAAACCCGACAAUGAAAGACCAGCUUGCGGGUCAGGCGACAGAGGCGCAUACGAUACACCACUACAUGUAUUCGCUUUAUUCUUAAUUCUUACUCUCAGUGUUCUAGCAUGUGGAUUCCCUCUCUUCUCUCGUCAGUCGGCUAGAACCCGCCGAGCGAAUACUAUCGUCUUCCUUAGCCAACACUUCGGCACCGGUGUGCUUCUGGCGACCGCAUUCGUCCAUCUUCUCCCCACAGCUUUCAUAUCCCUUACCGACCCGUGUCUUCCGCCGCUGUUUAGCGAAUCAUACCAACCUAUGGCAGGUUUAAUAGCUAUGGCCUCCGUGUUGACAGUGGCGGCGCUGGAGUCGUAUCUAACUACAAGGGGCGCCGGCCAUUCGCAUGAUCACGCGUGGGAUUCUUAUGAUGAAGAUGCAGAGGAGAUUGAUGGCGUUCAGGUUAAUGGUGGUUUGGCAGCUAAACGGGCUGCCAGCCACAGGCCAACAGAUAUCGCACUUGGUGAUAUGAGCUCCAGUCAAGGUCUAAUGGCCGACGUUUCACCAUUGCCGAACACCACACCUACGAUCGUACUACCUCCGAGUUCGACUAGAUCAUUUGGUCGCAGAAGUCCAGAUGUGGACGAUGAUGUCAAUGACGAUCAUGAUGAGGAUCUCGAUAUUAAUCUCAAUGAACUCGAUCCUGUGGCGGACGAUGAUGCGCAGCCUCUUGCGCCAUCUAAUGGAACCGCUCAUGCGAACCGAUAUUCCGAGUCUGUAGCCCAAGCCCCCCUUACACCCGAAGAACAGAAACGACGAAUGCUUCAAUGUGUGCUCCUAGAAGCUGGCAUCCUGUUCCACAGCGUCUUCAUCGGUAUGGCCGUAUCUGUCGCAACAGGACCGCCGUUUGUCGUCUUUCUAGUUGCCAUCGCCUUUCAUCAGACCUUCGAGGGCCUAGCUCUCGGCUCCCGUAUAGCCGCGAUCCAGUUCCCACGUUCUUCUGUCCGUCCGUGGCUGAUGGUCUUGGCUUAUGGGCUUACUACUCCCAUCGGCCAGGCCAUUGGGCUUGCUGUCCACAGACUGUACGAUCCGCUCAGUCAGACAGGUUUGCUUAUGGUUGGUAUUAUGAACGCCAUCUCGAGCGGCCUGCUUCUGUUCGCCGGCUUAGUGCAAUUACUUGCGGAGGACUUCCUCACGGAGAAAAGCUACAAGUCGUUGAAGGGGAAGAAACGCAGGAACGCCGGAUUCGCCGUCUUAGCGGGAGCUACGCUCAUGGCCAUCGUAGGCGCUUUUGCGUGAAUUGCUUUUAUGUACUACCUCUUUCCGGGGGCGACGGCGUUUC